GUCGAGAAAGUUGCCGACAAAGGUUCGAUUGUCUGCCGAAAGAGCCGUCAUGGGCUCCUUGCGACCCAAGUUACCGGAUCUGGAGGAAGAUCUGGCCGAGUUUCGAGCUCAGGAGUCAGCUUCAUCUCAGGGCAGCUCUCGCUUUGCAGCGCAGGUCAAGGCAGGUCAGAUUGAUGCGCCGACGCUACGCCACAUCGAUGCAACAGAUGGGCAUCGACCUGAAGCCUUCAGCUUUGGUUCUGGUGCAGAAAGAGUCAGCUUCAAUCUCGAGAGCCAGAGUGUGCCCCGAGCCGCUGGGAGCGCAAAGGGCAAGGCCAGGGUUGUGGGAGAGAUCAGGGAGUCACACGAGAGUGAAAAGCCAUCCUUUGCUCAAGCUGACCUUUCCUCGACUGGCUUUCCCAUCGCCCAACAUCGCUCGCAACGCGGCUCAAGAUUCAGACAAGCAAAAGAAAUUCCGCCAGCGUCAAGCACGCCGAUAGCGACAAUGGAAGCGAGUACAUCGGCAUCAAAGCUGGACUCUUCUGAGGACACAGCAAUCUCUCGCGAGAACGAGGAGAGACUGGCCGGUUUGUCUCCUGGAGAGAUCGAGCAAGCGCGACGAGAGGUCCUAGCUCAGCUGAAUCCAAGCCUGAUUUCCUUUCUCGAGAAGCGCCAAAGCAAGACACUAUCACAGCAAAAUGUCGUGCUGAAGACCAUCCCGUCCGAGGAGGAGGAACCUCGAUCUGAAGCAAAAGAGCUACGCGAUUUGCGAGAUCAGUUCUUUCCUGAUGAGCCUUUGCAUCCGCUCGCGACAGACGCCCCUGUCGAGCAUGCACAUCUACCGCCUGCAUCAGAGCACGAGCCUCGGUUUACUGCGGACGGCCGGCAGGCAGACAAGAAUAACAAUCUUGCGCACACGAUCACUCAAAUACUUGCCAUGACGGGCUCGACAGCAAUUUCGCAAAGACGACUUGCGCUCAGUACAGCUCGUAACAUACUGGCAGAUUCAGAAAACCUAGCUCUACUCGGCCAGGAGGCCAACUUUCGGGAAACAAUUGCUACAGCUGUCAAGUGCGCUGCCCGAGCCCUCGCAGAUCGCGACGUCACCUGCAAUGCCAAUGCAAUCCAGCUGUAUUCAAUCUUAUGGCCGGACAACGUCGGGGCGAGCGACACCAAGCAACAAUUGGCACGUACAGCUUCGACGACAUUGCUCAAUUUGGAGCCUCCACCCCUGGCAAGGCUUCAGCAACAUCUCAACGAAAUUAUUAGCACCUUCGAAGAAGACCCGACCGGGCAAUGCAAGCUGACAGUCAUGAGGAUCUGCCUCCUUCUGCGACAUAUGGCAAAGACAGCCAUUGAAAUGACAGACGCCAUCGUGUCUACCCCUGGCCUUCUCGAGGCAGCCUGUCAGGCAGCUCAUGGCGGCUCUUGGCCACCCAUUCGACCGGCUCAUCUGCCAUUGUCAGAAGCGGUCUACCUGCUCACAGAUCUCGUGCGUGCGUCUCGAGACUAUGCAGUCGCCAUUCUCGACAGGAAGCUACCGGAUGGGCUUUUGCGCUUUGUCAGCCUGCCUCAUUGGCGUCUAUCGAGCAAAGCCGACCUCAGCUCAGAAGGCAAGGGGAUGCUGGCAGCCACCUUCGAGCUCUGGAACGCACUGGCAUGCUAUGGUCUGGGCUGCAGCGUACGCACUUCUGCCAUGUCAUCUUUGGCGACGAUCGAGAUCGACUUGCUCAGCAAGUGGAGAGUACAUGCCUCAGAUGCAGAGUCUUGGCUCACGCUCGCUUGUACGUGGGCAACGUGCGCGCUCGAUCCACAUCAGACGACGCCAGAACACGAUAUCACUUGGUCUCAGGUGCAGAGCUGGCUCGACUCGGCUUGCACGCUAGCCGAUGAAGCAAGCAAAAGUCUCGAGAGCCUUCCCGCCCGCCGAGUGCUCGGAUCUGCUUACACCCUCAUCAGUAUCAUCGUCACUGGAUCGAUGCGUAAGUCGCCUACUUCUCCGAUUACAGCCCUCGUCUCGGCUCGGGUCGCAGCGCAUCACCUGUCGGUCGAGAUCUUCAGCAUGCUGCUGCUCGGAGCAGAAGAGAAUGACCCGCCAGAAGCAAUGACGGCCAUGUCUCAUGCCUUUCAAGGCCGCAUGCUGCUCAGCCGCGCACUAUCCGAGCCUCGAUCGAAGAGAUCGCGACCUCUUUUCGUGGCCAUCGAAGAAGUGGCAAAGAAUAUCGAUGACUUGGCUCUGCAGAACCUCUUGUGUGUCGGCUUUGCGCGCCUUGACGUUCCUCCCAAGGAGAAGCUAUCGGCAAUCUGUAGCUUGCUGCCGUAUCUGGCAGACGGCAUGCAGCCGGAGGCCAUCGAGCUGGUCAAGCUCGCACUCGAGCUCACUUCGCAUCUCGAGCUUCUACCGCACUAUGAAACGGCCAUCUCGACUCGCAUGAAGACGCUACGCACUGGUGCUCUGCCUCGCUCCGAACUGCUCAAAGUCUAUGCACGACAACAAGCGCCUCUGCCGUCCAUUGUCGAGCCGACGGAACACGAUGGCGGAGCGCUACCGCCUGCAUGGCCGUUCAUGACGCUUGAUGCGCUCCUCUCUGAAGACUAUCCCCGUACGAGGGAGAUCGUGCAGCAGAUUCGACAGACAUUCGAUUUUGCGCGAGACCUCGCUCUGUGCGCCGAGCCCAUCGUCGACGCAAAGCGAGUCAGUCAGUGGUCGCCGGGUGACCUCGUCUAUCAGAUCUUUCGCUUCUACUGCCUCGCCGCCAAAGAGUCUGGUAGCUCUCAGCCACUCUUUCUUGAGCAGACUGUCGCGGAAGCUGUCGAUGCUUUGCUGCAGCCUUUCAGAUCACCACGCCAGAAAGCUCUCAAGUCUGGCGAGACUGCACAGGAUGCUUGUAUCAAGAUUGCUCGUCGCGAGAGGACAAACACAGGGUUGUUCUUGCAGCAGUAUCAGGAUCUGCUUGCAUUCAACGCAGCUUAUUCGAUGCCCGAGAGCAGUUCGUCACGAGGCCAGAUCACCUUGCAGGCAUUGUUGCUCUUGCCGCUCGUCACUGAUUCGUACGCGCACGACUAUCGACGCUUGCUCUUCAUCGACUAUGCGCACAGUCUGCCGAGCUUCACAUUGGCCGCCUCAGAUCUGAUCUUGGAGAGCUCUGGAGGGUUGACUGCCUUCUUCAAGCCGGCAGUGUCGGAUCUGCCGACCCUUCAGGCGUUGCUCGAUAGCCUGAUCACAGACAGAGUUGAGCGUUCCAAGCAGCCCUUCAUCCAUUCCUACGCCAAAUGGCAUGUCGCGGCGGCUAUCGCCAGCAAGAGCAACUACAGUGCCUCCCUGCUUACCACGCUUCUGACAAAGGCAUCGGACGAAGUCGUUCGCAGUGUUUUCGACGCUCAACCGACCUCAACAGAGAGCCUCGCUGCUCGCAAGGUCUCCUGGCAGAGCCUAGUGCCUAAUCACCAGACCAAGCUCAAAGAGCGCCUGCAAAAGCUCGCAACGAGCUUUGCAUAGACGCGUUUCUUGGCUGGCGCUGCUGUUGGCUCGGAUGCAACUUGCUCUGCUCCGAUAGUCGUAUCACCGUUGACGUCCUGAUUUGGCUUCUGAGACCUCUUAUCACUCUUCUCGAGCUUGGGCCUCUUGCUCUUCCUAGGGUAGAC